AUGUCUUGCAUCAUCGAUAAGGAGAAUACUACCGCUAAAAAUACCACCAGCAUUUCUGCUAAUCACUCCAUCCAAAAUCUCCCCAGAAAGCUUUCAAUUACAACAACAACCUUCAAAAGUCCCCUCAAGAAUAACACUACUGAAAUUCAGUGUGACAACGAAGAUGACGAAAACGAUAACAGCCAUCACCAUGAUAAAAAACCCAAGCCAUUGAAAUCUUGUAUCAGAUGUAGAAAAAAUAAAAUAAAAUGUGAUUCCAUUGUGAAAAGACCAGGCCCUUGUUCUAGUUGCCUAAAAAAAAAUUUAAAAUGUGAAUUGGAUUAUGUUGUGAAACCACAGAGAGGUAAAGAAUUAAAAGGUUUAUAUGAUAAUUUACAUUUGAUUAAAAAUUUACUCAAAGAUACCAUAGAUUAUCAAUCUAAUACUUUCAUGUUUUUAUCCAAAUUUGGUAGUACUGAUAUUAAUGCUUCUAGUAUUAAUACUAACACCACCAUUACUACAAAUAUACACACAAAAUUCAUUAAAUUAAAAUUACCACAUUCCACGGACAGUAUUAGUACUAGUAGUGUUAAAGGGGAAGAUCCUCGAAAUAUAGAGAAUAUACCCAUUGCAAAUAAUAGUUAUAUUUAUAUCGCUUUCAAAUAUGACGAUAAAUAUUUUUAUGUCAAUAAUUUUAUCAUAACUCUGGAUAAAUUAAAUGAUAUAUUCCAUGACUUUAACAAAGUUCUUUCAAGUUUAUUACAAUUGUAUGAGAAUUGGAGCACUAGUAACAGUAAAGCUAAAAAAUCCCUAGUGUAUGAUUGGAAAACCCUAUUCCAUUCUAACCAGUUAUUACUUUUAUAUUGUAUUUUGAAUUUUUACCUAGAUAUUCCUCAGCCUAAUGUUAAUUUAUCCUAUCUACAGCUAUUCAAUUAUAUAGUGAACGAUUAUACCACUAUAGCUUCAUCGUUAAAGGAUGAUAUAAGUAAUGGUGUCAACGCAACUCCAUUUUGUUCAACUCCCCCUCAUAAAAACGUUGCUAAUGUAAUUUUCGAUCAAAUCCAACUGAGUAAAUUAAUUGUCGGAAUAACUCAGGAUGGUUCUAUAAGCAGGUUUCACAGUGAAAUUUUUAUCAAAAAUUUUACUUUAUAUUUAUUUUUCCACAUUGUUUUGUACGGUCCCGAUUAUUUCAUGGACGUUUUCAUGAAUAAAUAUAUCAAAAUCUUGGAAUAUCUGAGAAAAAAAAUUAAUUUUGAGAAAAAUUGGGAGAUCAAGCUAUGCAACUUUUAUGUUAAGAUAUGGAACCUAAUUACGGAUGAAGGUUAUUCAAAAGCCAGUACUGUUAACAAUAUUGAUAAAAGUUUUGAAUUCAACUUUUGUGAUGAUGAUACUCCGCUCUUUUUAUUUAUGAAAUUUAUAAAGUUUGACAAGUAUAUUUUACAUCACGAAAGGAAUAAACAUAUUAGCAGAUUUAAUACACAAAAUUUUCCAGACCAUUCCCAAUUUUCUAGGGGCAUUUCGUCUUUAAUAUCUAAUUUACAACCCAUUUUUCAAAUUUUAACAAAUUUUAAAACUAGAAGAUUAAAUUUUAUCAUAGUAUUCUUCACCCAAUUCGUUGUAUUAAAUGUUAUUAUGGUUAUUAAUAAUAAUAGUGAUAAUAAUAAUGAUGGUAGUGGUGACAAUAAUAGUAACGGUAAUAUGGAUUGCAACAAGUAUUUAUUUCUCAUAUUAGAAUCAUUCAAAUACAAUGGUUUUAAUCAUAUAUUAAUGGAGGAGCAAUAUGAUAAUAGCAUAUCUAGAAUUGAUGGUUGUUAUUAUAGUUUGCAGCAUAGGAUUAAUGAAUUUAAAAACAAAACUAAUGGCACAAUAACCGAUAACGAUAUUGUUGGUUAUGGAUUAUUAGAACUAAUGGAAUUAUCACUAGGCGAACAUUUUUCGGUUAUAAAUCCCGAUUUGGAAAUAUAUUCUUUAAUUUUAAAGGAUCUACAGAAUUAUAACAGUGAUAAUAAUAGCUCAUUAUAUAUCAACAAAGCCUCUUGCCAAUUCAUUUAUUAUUUUUAUAAAAAAGUCAUUUAUGAAGAUAUGUUCGAGAAAGUUUAUGGUUUCAAAAAUACUAAAAAUAUCAUUGUAUUUGACACAUUUGUUUUUCAACAUAAUGGUUUCCAAAUCGCAUAUAAAGAUGAGAGAAUCAUUCAGCCAGUAGUAACCUCUGCAGAUUAUCUAAUUGACACUAGUACUAAUAGUAAAAAUGAUUCUCACAAAGAAAUUGCUAAAUGUGACUACAAGCAAAACGAUAGUAAUUAUGUUAUAACUGGCAAUAAUGCUGCAAGAACCAAUAAUAAUAAUAAUAAUAAUAAGAAUAAUCAUUUAACUUCUAUCGAAGUUGCUGAAACUGCAUUGAAUUUCGGGCAAUUUAACGCUAACGAUAAGUUUGCUACUUCCAUUGCUGUUGGACCCUCCAAAAGUUCCACUUAUAACUGCCACAAAACAAAUGGUACUAGUAAUGACAGGGAAACCAAAAAUUUAUUUGGUGGUUUUUGGAAAAUUGAAAAUGAUGCGCUACUGAAAGGAACAGACGUUAACACUACUGUUGAAAGUACUAUUAGUAAUCACAAAAAAAAGAAAAGCGUAAGAGUCACUAAAGAUAUUGGUGAUAAUAUCAAUAAUAGUUCUAACAAUAUUACCAAAAAAAAAAAAAAAACAGUUCACAAUCAUAAUUUUAAAGAUGUAAAUACCAAUAAUGAGAGUCUUAAUAAUAAAACAAAUAAUGUUGUUAUCACAAAUGUUUUAGAUCGUGUCGAUUGGAUUAAAGACAGUACAGAUGAGGUUUUACAAAAAAUUCAUGGUGUUUUGUAA